AUCUGGGUAAGCUGUGCAUAUUAAAUGUAACAAGACCUAAAUUGUUCGUUUAUUCGGGAUUAAAAUUCACUUUAUUUUCUGUGCGGGACACCUGCUGAAACCUGACCUUGAACUUUUCAGGAAGUCAUGUGAUCAAAACUUCCCUUGAGCGGCUAGUCAGAAAACGUUUGAUCUAAGCGUCAGUAAAGCAGUGCUUGUUUUCGUGGAUAAUUAUGACUCUCUUUCGGAAAAGUCGGAGUAAGGGUGAUUUACAGCAGGAGUUUCAUACAACCGUCAGGUUUUUGGACGAUUCUGAGCCAAUACAGUUACCUUUUAAGAAAGAGACGGUUGGACAAGAAGUUUUGGAUAAAGUAUGCGACUCUUUGAAUCUUGUGGAAAAGGAUUACUUUGGUCUCAGAUUUGUCGAUGCUGAAAAACAAAGGCACUGGCUAGACCCAACAAAGACUGUAUACAAACAGUUAAAAGGAGUGAGUCCCUGUGUUCUCUGUUUUCGAGUGAAGUUUUAUCCUGAAGAUCCCAUGAAGUUACAUGAAGAGAUUACAAGGUACUAUCUGUUCCUCCAGUUGAGAAGAGAUCUGCACCAUGGGAGACUACUCUGUUCACCUCAAGAUGCCAACCUUCUUGCAGCAUACAUCAUACAGUCUGAAGUAGGUGACUAUGACCCCCAAGACCAUCCGCCUGGUUAUGUUGCAGAGUUUAAAAUGUUACCUGGCCAGAACAUACAACAAGAACAACAGAUACAUGACCUUCAUAAAACACUCUCUGGUCAAGUACCUGCAGAAGCCGAGGCAAACUUCCUCAAGAAAGCUGCCUCCCUGGAUACAUAUGGUGUGGACCCACAUAGGGUCAAGGAUCAGAAGGGCAGCCAGAUGUAUUUAGGUGUGACACAUCAGGGUAUCAUGACUUUUAGUGGUAGUAAGCGUACACACAAUUAUAAAUGGACUCAGAUUAAAAAGUUGGCCUUUGAAGGAAAGACAUUUAUAGCACAUGUGAACAUGAAUGAGGACAAGGAACAGAGUAACUCCAAAAAGAAACAUCAGCCGAUUGGUUACAAGUGUCUGACUGUAGCAGCCUGCAAGUACCUGUGGAGAUGUGCUGUGGAACAGCAGUUCUUUUUCACGUUAGUUCCUGUAUUUACAAUACUUUUUAGCGUAUUUUUUAGUCCACGUGAGGAUAUCAAGAGGAAAGAACCCGAUUUUCAAAGGACGUGCUCAUUGCCAAACUUUGCCAGGAAGUCUGACAGUAGAAUUCAUAUGCGGAACUCUGCGAACCUUUCCAUUUCGGAAGAUAAAGGUGGGAAAGGAUAUAAGGCUGACACACUUCCACGCAUGACUACUUCCACGUCUGCCUCUGCCGAACCUCAGCCCGAGAAACGAAACAAGCGACCCGAUUCUUUAGAGAGAAAUAAAAACGAAAACAAGCCUAGAAUGGCACCGAGGGCGUCUGUUGAAAAAGUUGAACUAGAUUUAAUAGAGCCGGACGAAAUCAGAGAAAAGUACGAGAUUCGACCCAAAUCAACCGAGGUUAAGAGACCGAAAUUAAGAGAAAUAGCUCGUACAAGUUCUAAAGAGGUUGUUCAAUACACAGAGGUAGAGCAGAGGCAGACAGUUCUUGAAGGUGACCGAGUUGUAACGCAAGCAACUUUCGAGACUAGACCAAUGGUGACUACGAUACAGAAAGUUACGACCGUCCGAGAUGAACACGGUAUUUCUCGUCAAGAGAAUGCAGUUGAUGUUCCGCAGUCUACUGCUGAGGUUGUACAGAGUCCCACAGUAAAGACCCCUGUUAAAGCAGAAGAAGAUACCAUCGUGGCGGAAGAAAUGACGCAGGUCAAGUCAUCAAAUGUUGAGGGUGCCCGUCCUGACACAUUUAAACAAAAUGGUGGCAUACCAAUAAUUGUCACAACUGAAGUCGGUGACGCACCCAUGGACGAUUCUAGCUUGCCUUACAAUCCGGAAGAUACUGUCUACGAUCAUGAAGAUGAUGAUAAAGUUGCUAAAAGUUUAGAAGAACAAGUCAUUGAAUUGGAAAAAGAAUUUCAACAAAUGCAAGAGAGAAAUCAUGUUGAUAACGUGGCGGAAGAUAAAGUGAAACCAACAUCUCAAAAUAAUCUGGAAACCAAUCCAAAGGACACAAAAACUGUUGAAACCAAGAAAGGUCGUUGCUCAUGUGGAAAAAUAUUUGCUUUCACUUUCUUUUCAUUGUUUUUGACCUUAACUGUGUCAGCAUGUGUGGUUAUGUUCUCGGACAUUGAUCAUCCUGUAAUGAACGAGGCCCGUGCACGUUUAACCUUCCUCGAGCCUACCAGAGAUUUCAUCCUCGAUAAAUAUCACGAGCUUGUCAACAAGUUGUAAAUAUCUGACUCAAUCAGGAUAAUUAUUUUUUACAAAAAUAUGGUUGAUAUUCAUAACUAGAGAAUCUGAGAUAAAAGCAUAUCCAAUUAGAUUUAUAAGUGUGUAUUCAGUUAGAAAUAAUCAAUAGAACAGAGCAGAAACUCGGAAACCCAGGUGUUCAUGUUGAACAAUAAACUAUUAUUAAUCAUGGUGAUCAUUUGUUCAACAUUGAAGCAAAAUAUUGCAUUGAUAAUAUGUGUACUUUAAUUUUAGUCGGAAAUAUUUAAGUAUUUUUAUAGCAAUUAAUCAAGAGGGACCAACAUUACUUGUAUUUGAUAGAAAUUUGGUAAUAAAAAAGCCUGUGACCAUUGUCACCAAUGAAGAAAGAUCAUUACUAGCAGUAAGAAUGGCGAAGGAUGUAUUUCGGAGUUUCAGCACUGUUCUAAUUAUAGCUUUCAUCAGUUGUGUUGCAGGCUUGCAUGUUUAUAUGUGUCUUUUAUUUAAAGGUGGUUGUUGACUUGUUUUAGGUGGCGGACUCGAAAUUACUAAAGGCCAACUUUUGUUCAAUUGUGUAUUCUCUUAACAUUAAAUUUUAGAAUCGCUUAGUGCAUAAUUGACUGUAUAAAACCAUCUUUUUUUACAUCAUGUAUAUUAAACAAACUGAAGAUGAUAGGAAGCUUGAUUUAUUGAACAGUUAUUAUUACAAGUCACGGGGAAAUAUUCCUCUUUUGUCUUAAGCCAGAUUUGUAUUUAUUUCUUCCAAAGUUUGUAUGUCGUUUAUAAUAUAAACGCCAUUCAUUGUUUUAAGAUUUUUAUCUUUGGAAAUAUAUGUUGUUAAUUAGAAAGGUUGUACAUUGGAUAUGUAGGGGCAGCUAUGUAGAAGUGAUGUCAAGUCUGUUUAAUAAGUAAAAUUUUUGUUAGGAUGUAAAUGAUCAUUGAUAAUAGAUGUUUCUAUAAACAGGGUAAAACACCACAAAAUGUUUGAGAACUGAAACAAGUUUUCAUGAGUUAAGUUGUGUUCAGAUUAUCUCUUUAAUAAGUUUGACUAAAACAUGUUUGACUUAGGCAUUAGUUUGGGUUAUGCAGAGGAUUUGCUGUAAAUAUUUAACAUAAGCGAUGUUUGUGUUUAAAACAUAAGUUUAUGCUAAGCAUAGGUAUAACUUGAAAUGAUUUAUGUGUUUGAGAAAUAUUUUAAGCAGCAGUAAUUUCUCUUCUGAAAGAAAAAAAGACAUGUUAUUAGUUCAACUUUCUCUUACAUUCGUUUAUUUCUUGGAUCAGGUCGGAUAAAUGUACUGCUGUUCAUUUAUCUUUUAGCACAAAAAUCUAUUUUUGUUGAUUUACCAUCACAUUAUACUUCUUUUUCCCGUUGUUUUUGGUGAUGAUUAUUUUGAUUAAUGUUUAUUUACUAGAAAAAUUUAAAAAUUGAAAAUGAGGUUUGAAACUACCUUUUAAGAAUUUGAAAUAUUUUGUAACAUUAAAAAGAAUAUAUAAUAGUACAUUUUUUGUGAUCAGUUUAAGAAGAAAACUGGAAAUGAUAAUCAGUGUAUGAAUGUAUAUUUUGAUUGGUUGUUUUAAAUUCAAAAUCGACCAAUGAAAUUAUUGCAUUUAAAAGACUGGUUCCCAGUUUCAGUGAACAUGUUGUGUAGGAUAUUAUUUUUUUCUUCUCACAAGCAUGCUGCUCUUCAAGAUUUUUUUCUUUCGCUAUAGUCUUGCCUUCGCUUUGUAGACUUACUUGAAGAGAUAAGUUUGUUCUGAACACAUUGAGUGCUGGAAGUUAUGAUAGAGUUGUCUUUCUUAACCCCAGAAUGGUUCCAAAUAUUACACUUCAAUAGUUUGCUUGCAAUAUUAGAAAUAGCUUUUAGUUGCUUCCUUCUGUUUUCAUCUGGGUGUAAUUUUAAAGAAAAGUCACCGGUAAUAUGGUGUAAAAAACUUAUUAUUCCCUAUCAGGGAAGAUUGCUAUUCCAAUCAAUGUCUGCAAGUGUUGAUGUGUUAAAAAAAAAACAUGUACUUUCUAUCAUCAGAUUCUACUUUGUACCUUUUGUACUAAAAGGUCAUUCUGUAACAUCUAAGUAACAUGUAGAAAUCUAGUGAUUAGUAUUUAUUACUAAAAAAAAAUUUAAAAAAAAAUUCUUUGUUGUCAGUAAAAUUAACUAUAUGGACAUGGUGCAAAAAUGUCAUUAUUUGAUUGCCUGUUAAACAGGAGAAGAGUUCUAUAAUAUAACAGAAUGAUUUCUGUGUGAAUGUUUACAUAUAGUGUGGUAGUUUCAUUCCAUCAUACUCUCAGUUAGCAAAACCAUAUCUUAUGUUUGUAUUAUUUGCUUUUUUUCAGAUUUAGAUUUUUGUUUGUAUUUUUUAUACACUGUUGAUUUUGUAAAGGUUGUUUUUUGUUUUGUAGUCAUACUUGUACAUUGUUGUUUUUAUUACUUUUUUUACAUUAUGUCUUAUUAUUACUGUAUACUGGUACAAAUAUCACAAAUUUAUUUAUACUCCAGUUGCAAUAUUCAUGUAAGUAGUGAUAGUUUAUCCACUGUGUGUAGCCUGUUACAAUGAUAUGUGGUAUAAACAGUAGUUUUUCCACUGUGUGUAACCUGUUUCACUAAUAUGCGGUAUAAACAGUGAUUGCAUCCAGAAACUUCUUGUGUAUUUGCAAGAGAAAAUUACUUCUGUUUAAGACUACCAAUUAUUGUUUGUACUGCAAGUCAUUGUGAACAGUUAGACACAGUGGUUUUAUUUUUGUUUGCUUUGUUUAGCUCUGUGUAUUAUAACAGCCUCUAUAAUGUAAUGUAUCUUUAAACAAGAACUUAACUUUUGUUGUCUUCUAAAUUUGACCUAGAAUUCUGUCAUUUAUUUUCUGUGAACUAGACUUAGAUGACGAUCAAAAUGGUGAAUCUCUCAAAUUUGUUAAGAAUUUGUAGACAACACUAUCAAUUGAUAUGCCUAAGAAUGUAAGUGAAUUGAAGUGGUUCUUGGUAAUAAAGGAAAUUAGAUUAAAAACAAGUUCCAUAUCUGUUUAAUUUAUUCUUUGUUUUUAAUUGCGAAAAAAACAGCAGGGUUUUGGAGAUAGCUUAGAUUUUGAGGAGAAAAUUUGUUGUAAACAUAAGAGAUACAAUUGGCUGCCCUAGACUGUAAAUGUACAACCUUGAUACAUCUUAUUCUGCAAAGUUAUAUUUCUGUAAACCAGUCAGAAAAUACAGCCUUUCUAUUGGUCUGUUUGUUUUAAAUGCACCAAUCAAAUGCUGAUAUUUUCAGACUGGUCCCUCUGUAGCUUAUAUUCCUAUUGCUUGUAUGAUAUGUUGAUUGUGAAAUAUCUGUGUCACAGUCCAGACUGAAUAUUAUAUACAUUUAUGCAUGUACUAUGAUUUCACAUACAUAACACAUACAUAUCAUUUUAUAUAAUAUGCAAGGUUAUCUUUUAAUGCCAUAGGUUAACUCUCUUUCUUCAUGCACAUUUUACCAUGAACAGUAAAUUAUAAAAUGUCAACUUUCUGCAUUGUUUAUAAAAAAGAAAUGUGUUUAUUAUUCAAAAGAACAUUUUACACAUUUUAACUGAUAAAUAUUGUUAUAAUUUAUUUAUUGAAUAUAUUUAAUGAAAUCUUUUUUUUUACAAAUUAAGAAGUAGUAUAUAAUUUAAUUGAUAUUGUUUCUUUUACAACUGAAGGUUUUAACUUGAAUCAAAACAAGAUUGGAAAUUAAGAAUACAGAGUAAUGGCCUUCAAAGAAUGAUAAUAAAUGUUAUCAGUCAGAAUGGAUGAGAAAUUGAACAUAUUGUACUGUGACAUUUUAAAAGAAUUUUGCAUAUUAAAAGCCUUACUGCAUACAUCAUUCAUUGGUCAUGGAUUAAAGUAAUUAGCCUCAAGUUGCAUAAUGCUGCUUCUAGUUUCCAUUUUAAAUGUUAUUCAUAUACAAUAAUUAUAUGAGCCUCAUCACGACAAAACCAACAUAAUGGGUUUGCGACCAGCAUGGAUCCAGACCAGCCUGUGCAUCCGCGCAGUCUGAUCAGGAUCCAUGUUGUUUGCUUACAAACUCUAUAACUAUAACAAGUAGAGAAACUGAUAGCGAACAGCAUGGAUCCUGAUCAGACUGCGCGGAUGCGCAGGCUGGUCUGGAUCCAUGCUGGUCGCAAAUGCAUUAUGUUGGUUUUGUCAUGACGUGGCUCAUUUAUAAAGAAAAUUGAUUAUUCCCCGUAAAACAUUUUUAUAAUAAAAUUAUUAAAUAUAUUUAAUAGUAAUAAAAAAAAGAUAUAAUGAUUAAAAUACAAUAUAAUCUUUACUGUUUAUUUUAAUAAAUUGGCUGUUGGUGUAUAUUCUUUGUACAGUUUUGUAUAUUUUGAUUACCUUUAAGUAUAUAUAAUACUGUAGUAAUGGAUAUUGUGGAUGGGAAUUGGACAUUCUAUUGCAUGUACUUGCAUGUUAGAAGAUACCACCUACUGAAACCACAAGCUCAUUGCUUUUAAUUCUACCUUGUGAAGCAUGAUAAUUUAAAGAUACCAGUGAAAUUAUUUUAUUGUCCAAACUGUUAAAUUAAUCAUAAUGCAUAAUAAAACUUUGAGGGAAAUGAAAUAAUAACUAGAUGUUUAACAAAACCAAAGUUAUUUUUAUCUUUGUAUUUUGUCCAAAUCACACCUUAGCCGGUUUAUUUGAAGGUGGUUUUACUUCACUGUUUAAAAUAUGUCUGUUUUCUUUAUACACUAGAUUAUUUUCUACAAGUUAAGUCCCUCUUUUAAACUGUUGAAAAAGCAUGUGUUCCCUUAUUUUAUGUCUCAAAUACGAGGUAAUGAAUGUGAAAACAUGUGUUACUUUGUACAUGUAAGAAUAGCAUGUAUUUACCAGUACUUUUAUCAAGGUUUAUAUAUUACUGUUUUGUACCUGUAACAUAAGCUUACAAAAAGUUAUCUAAGCUCUAUGACUGUGAAACCCUAAAGCUUAACAUGUAUAAACCAAUUGGCCAGACCUGGGACUUAUUUUAAACAUAUUUCCACUUCUAGGACUUACUUUAUAUAUAGAUAAAUUUAUAAUAAUUUAUAAAAAAAAAUUAUUACAUAAUCAUUGGGUAUAAUAGUAUAACAGAUGAAAUGAGCCGUGUCACGACAAAACCAACAUAAUGGGUUUGCGACCAGCAUGGAUCAAUGCUGGUUAUGUUGGUUUUGUCGUGACGCAGCUCAAAUGGAAUUUAGGAGAAUACAUUUUUGUGUUACCAUGGUAAAGAUAAUCUAGCACAUAAAUCACAGUAAUCACUAUGCCAAAAUUGUAUACAGUUUAAAUUCAAUUUUUUGUGGUCAGUUUAUAUUUUACUGUUAAAAAUGGACAAACUUUAAGACUUGAUUUUUGUUAAAAGUUUCUUGAGUUAUCGGAGAAACAUACUGUCAUAGUAAAUAGUUUUAAAUACAAAUAUUAUGAAUUUAUCAUUACCUUAGUUUUUACAGAAGUUUGUAGAGAAAUAAAGAUAGAAAUUGUACAUAAAUAAGAGAAAAACAGAUUUUUAAAGAAAUAUUUCUAGUUUUUAUAAAACUGUACACAAUAAAACCAGAAAGGUAAAUCAUAUUUUAGCUGUAUUGUAAGCCAUUUUGCUUUUCUCUGGAAGAAACCCGUUUAACUUUUACAUAAAAUUAUGGUGAAUUAAUUAUACUUUGUCAGGUUGUUCAUUUAUUGUUCAAUAUAAACAUUGAUUGAUUGAGAAAUUGUAAAAAUCAUGAAAUUUAUUCUCAAACUUAAUAUGUCAUUGCUGAGAAAAUAUGAUUUUUUUGUGAAUUAUUUCUGGAGCUGACACAACAGUUAUUUUUUUUGUUUUGCCUUUAUUUUGUAUGUAUUAUAUACAUUAUAUUAUGCUUUUUCUGUAGAGGUAUUAGUUCCCAACAUGAUUUACUCAUUUACAUUAUAUAACUGGGCAUGACUCAUUUAUUAUGUUUUAACGUAGCGAUAAAAAGCUUAUGUUACUUAUAAAAGAGGUAAAGAAUAAAAAUAAAUGCACAGAAAAUGGU